AUGCUUAUUCAUUUAAAUGGUGAUUAUGAUGAAUGUAUUGUUACCUUUGCUACUAAUAAUUUCCCCCGAAAAAUUUAUAAUCAAGCCAAGGUCUUGAAAGAGGAGGGUAAUAUCUGCUUUAAGGAAGGUGACUUUAUUGGUGCUGGGGCUAAGUAUGAUAGAAGGCUGAAAUUUCUAUGUUUUGGCUUACCAAGAAAUGGGGAUGAUAAUGUUAUACUAUGGAAUCUUGCUAUUGCUAUAGAAUUAAAUCUUGCAGCUUAUGCUCUAAAGGUCUGUGAUUUUGUUCAAACUAAGGAGCUUUGCUCCUUAGUCAUCAUGCUUGAUAGUAGCAACGUCAAAUCUCUUUAUAGAAGAGCCUUAGUUAAAAUCAGGUUAUACCAACUGGAAGAGGCUGUUGAGGAUCUUGGCAAGGCAGUUAGGGUUGAGCCUAACAACCAGGACAUUCUUCGUGAGUUGGAGAAAAGUGGUGUUACAAGCUCGCAUGUCACUGAUGUUGCUAGUGAUAUGGCAGUAGAGAGCACUAUUCCUACUUACAAUGCUUAUGCUUCUUUGGAAACUAAGGAUGAAGGAUCAAGCAACACUCUUGACAAUCAGCAAUCAAGACAUGCCAAGGAUAAGGGAUAG